AUGAUCACCGACGACCAACUCUACUCGCUGGCCAUUUUCCUCGGCGCCGCCGCCAUGCUGUUGAUUGUGCUGUACCACUUCCUCGAAGUCAACGCCCAAGACGGUGCCGACCUGACCAGCGACCUGACCAGCGACAAGAGUGGAGUGGGGGCUGUCAAGCCUGCACAGUCUCAGACACAGACACAGACACAGUCACAGUCACAGUUAUAG